AUGUUGCUCCGAACGCACAGAGUUUAAUUUGUUGUUAAUCUCUUGAUAACUUCCAUCCAUUCUCAUCCGCUUAUUCCGGGGUCGGGUCUCGGGGGCAGCAGACCCAGACUUCCCUCUCGCCCGCAACCCUUUCCAGCUCGUUCUGGGGCCCCGAGGCGUUCCCAGCCGGGAGAUGUACUCUCUCCAGCGUGUCCUGGGUCUUCCCCGGGGUCUCCUCCCAGUCUUGAUAACUUGUCACACUUUAUUUCAAAUGAAUCUGGAUUAAUCUCGAGGAAAAAACAUCUCCCCAAAACAUGGAACUGUAAAGCUGCAGUAGUUGCUGCAGCGCCCCCUGCUGUCUGCAUGUUGUCAUAGCAGGAGGCUCGGGGUGCAUGGCGAGCCCGUUGAGGAGGUUAGUGACAUCACACGUCCCGACCGGAGCAGUUCAUUGGUCCAUAUCUUCUCAACAGUCAGAUACCAACAAGCGUUUGAUAACGUCGAUGAUGACGAACCAAUCACGACGCGCACGUCUAGUGAGGCGUUCAGGGGGAGUGGAAGAAAACGCUUUUUACUCGAUUCAAAAUGGCGGAUGAUCUCAUACAGGAUAAUAAUAGUACACAAUAACGAUAGGUCCUUGAUGUUGAUGAACAUAUUACAUGUUGAUGUGGAUCAGAUCCUGAUCAGGUUCUCGUGGUUCCCCCUCAGGGACGAGGAGAUCCGGGAGAAGUGUGGAGAAGACGCCGUCCACUACUUGUCGUUCCAGCGCCACAUCAUCGGGCUGCUGGUCGUCGUCGGGGUUCUGUCCGUCGGCAUCGUGCUGCCCGUCAACUUCUCCGGAGACCUUCUGGAAAACAAUGCUUACAGCUUCGGACGCACGACGAUAGCUAACCUGAAGUCUGGCAUGAGGAGGCACACCUCCAAGAUGCACUACAAGGAACCUUUGGUGAGGGCCCCCAGGUCAGAUAAAAAGACCCCGGGAAAAGGGAAGUACCCACAGAGGAAGUACCCACACAGGAAGUACACCCUCUGGUUCUCAUCCAUGGUUCUUGACUUGCAGGAGGAGGCGGUGAGCUACUACACCAAGACGGAAUCCAAGCUGAAGGAGGAGUACCGGAAGGAGAAGGAGAAGGUCCACACCAAACCGCUGGGCAUGGCCUUCGUCACCUUCCAGAACGAGUCCAUGACGGCCAUCAUUCUGAAGGACUUUAACGCCUGUCAGGUUCAGGGCUGCCGGUGUCGCUUAAUGGGCCAACGCUCCUCUCAGUUCAGCCCGGCCGCUGCGAUUUACAACUGGGCGUCUCAAAUGUGCGCCCGACCCAUGAGAGCGGAGCACCUGUCGCUGGGCGGAGUCUCCUGGUGGAUCCGCUGCUUCAUCAUCAACUGCAUCCUCUUCCUCCUGCUCUUCUUCCUCACCACCCCCGCCAUCAUCAUCUCCACCAUGGACAAGUUCAACGUCACGAAGCCGGUGGAGUACCUCAACAACCCCAUCGUCACGCAGUUCUUCCCCACGCUGCUGCUCUGGGCCUUCUCCGCCCUGCUGCCCACCAUCGUCUACUACUCGGCCUUCUUCGAGGCCCACUGGACCAGGUCUGGAGAGAACCGGACCACGAUGCAUAAGUGUUACACGUUCCUGAUCUUCAUGGUUCUGCUGCUGCCGUCUCUUGGACUCAGCAGUCUGGAUGUUUUCUUCCGCUGGCUCUUCGAUAAGAAGUUCCUGGACGAUGUCACGGUCAGAUUUGAGUGCGUCUUCCUGCCGGACAACGGAGCGUUCUUCGUGAACUACGUCAUCGCCUCGGCGUUCAUCGGGAACGCCAUGGACCUGCUGAGGAUCCCCGGACUGCUCAUGUACAUGAUCCGCCUCUGCCUGGCCCGCUCGGCCGCAGACUGAGCCGACGUCAGAAGGCACCAGGCCUACGAGUUCCAGUUCGGCGUGGCGUACGCGUGGAUGAUGAACGUGUUCACCGUGGUGAUGGCGUACAGCAUCACCUGUCCCAUCAUCGUGCCCUUCGGCCUGAUGUACAUGCUGCUGAAGCACCUGGUGGACAGGUACAACAUGUACUACGCCUACCUGCCCUCCAAGCUGGACAAGAAGAUCCACUCGGGGGCCGUGACCCAGGUGGUGGCGGCGCCCAUCCUCUGCCUCUUCUGGCUGCUCUUCUUCUCCACCGUGCGCACGGGUUUCGAGACGCCGACCUCCAUGUUCACCCUGGUGGUCCUGAUCAUCACCAUCGUGGUCUGUCUGUCUCACGUCUGCUUCGGACACUUCAAGUACCUCAGCGCUCACAACUACAAGAUUGACACCAAGGACAACGAAGUGGACACCGUCGAGAACGGACGUCCAGUUCGUCCCUCGUCCUCCCCCAUCACCAAGUCUCAGCAGCAGCAGCAGCAGCAGAUGUACAUCGCUCAGGUCCUCCAGGACCCGACCUCGGACGAGCCGGCCUCCGCCGCCGCCAUCAGCGGCGGCGGCGGCGGCGAGGAGGACCGAGGGUCGUCCCAAGACGAGGAGCUGCUGAACGGAGGGAGCAGCAUCAACGAGGCGGAUUUUCAGUCAGGGGAGGACAGUCUGAUCGCCAACGAGGUCCACCACUAGCCAUGGUGGAGCUACAGGGAGGGGGCGGAGCUAGUUGAGGGUCCAACCCACACACAGACUGAUGGUUAGCUCCUCCCACUCCCAGCUCGAAGACUUGACCUUGACCGUUGGCGCCGGGUCGCCGACCUGCACGUCUGUGGACACCUGGUGGACACCUGGUGGACAUCGGACGUCCUCCACAUGAAGACCUGAACACAACCUUUGAUUUAUUUAUCUAUAUUUGUUUUUCUCAGGGGCGGCGGGGUUUAAAUAUUCGUCCCUCGGAUGGGUUUCUGUUCGCACUCGUGUCUUGACUCCUGAUCCCACCGCAGGCUGCCGGGACUCCACCUGUCGAGGGGUCGAAGCUGAUGCUGACUCUUUCUUCGUCUAGUGGACGCUCCAAAUGAUCCACCAAUACCCAACACUACCACCCACCACCACCGCCAACACUACCACCCACCGCCAACACCCAACACUACCACCCACCGCCAACACCCAACACUACCACCCAACACUACCACCCACCGCCAACACCCAACACUACCACCCACCAACACCCAACACUACCACCCACCGCCAACACCCAACACUACCACCCACCGCCAACACCCAACACUACCACCCACCGCCAACACCCAACACUACCACCCACCGCCAACACCAAACACCCAACGCCACCGCCAACACCCAAUACUACCACCCACCGCCAACACCCAACACUACCACCCACCGCCAACACCCAACACUACCACCCACCGCCACCGCCAACACCCAACACUACCACCCACUGCCAACACCCAACGCCACCGCCAACACCCAAUACUACCACCCACCGCCACCGCCACCGCCAACACCCAACGCCAACACCACCAACCACUGCCACCAACUUCACCAUCCCCAUUGACAUUGGAUGCUCCACCACCAGCUCUCGUAGCUUCACCGUCUCUUGACCUGGACGUUUAUCUUUUACCUGGUGAGGGUCCGCUGCAUGUCGUUAAAAGUUCCCUCUGGAUCCUUUGAGGGACGUCACAGACCAUAAAGGCCUCUGAUCCCAGUAUGGAUCCAUUGGGGGACUUUGGAGACCAGAGGUCCUGAUCCCAGGAUGGAUCCAUUGGGGGACUUUGGAGACCAGAGGCCUCUGAUCCCAGUAUGGAUCCAUUGGGGGACUUUGGAGACCAGAGGUCCUGAUCCCAGUAUGGAUCCAUUGGGGGACUUUGGAGACCAGAUGUCCUGAUCCCAGGAUGGAUCCAUUGGGGGACUUUGAAGACCAGAGGUCCUGAUCCCAGUAUGGAUCCAUUGGGAGACUAUGGAGACCAGAGGUCCUGAUCUCAGCAACACGUCCUUCUCCUUUCUGUUGCACCCCAACAACCCUGAAUCAUUAACACCAAAACUCUUUUCAUUCAUGAGGACUCAAUGAAGGACUUUAGGCCCUCUGACCGCAGCAGAGUCAGGUAGACGCUCCUUGUCCAGAUAGCAUGAAGCUAUCAAGACCCUCGCGAGUGAGAGAGAGACAUCACCAGUAACCACAAACAUGUUUCACUUGAUUCCUCUGGAGUCCAGUUCGUAGGACAUGUUUAGCUUAGCUUAGCUUAGCACAGCACGAAGACAGGAAGCAAGAAGUCAGAUGUUUCUUCUCUUAGAGACCAAAAUAUUAGCUUCUCUUCGCAGCUAGUUUCGGGUUUCCUUAUCUUGGUUUGCUGUUAGCUGGUUUAGCUAACGCUUCUGUUUUCUCCUCAGAACUAAAUGCUAUUGUUUAGCAUGCUAGCUAGUAGACACUAUAAAUAUUUAAUUUGCUGCAACACUAAGCCCCUGACUCAUUGUGCUAAACUAGGCUACGGUAAGCCCUGAGUCAUUGUGCUAAACCAGGCUACGGUAAGCCCUGAGUCAUUGUGCUAAGCUAGGCUACGGUAAACCCUGAGUCAUUGUGCUAAGCUAGGCUACGGUAAACCCUGAGUCAUUGUGCUAAGCUAGGCUACGGUAAACCCUGAGUCAUUGUGCUAAGCUAGGCUACGGUAAGCCCUGAGUCAUUGUGCUAAGCUAGGCUAAUCAUGUCACCAGAUGUUUUCACCGUAAAAAGUUAAAUCCGGUAUCUUCAUCUCUUUGAGAAUUCUCUCAAACUUCAGCUUCAGGACGGCGUGAAGUCUGUUUCCCACAAUCCUCGUGGUGCUGGACGCCGGCUUCUGUGUGUCUCUGUGUGUGUGUGUGUGUGUGUCUCUGUGUGUGUGUGUCUGUGUGUGUGUGUCUCUGUGUGUGUGUGUCUGUGUGUGUGUGUGUGUGUGUCUGUGUGUCUCUAUGUGUGUGUGUGUCUCUGUGUGUGUGUCUCUGUGUGUGUCUGUGUGUCUCUGUGUGUGUCUGUGUGUGUGUGUGUCAGCUGGACUAUGAAGGCUCCGUGCUGGAGGACCUGCUACUUUGUGUGUUGUGAUGUUUUUAUUUUCUUGUUUACUCUUCACCUGCAGCUCAGAUUUAAAGGGCCAGCGCUACGGACAAACCCUCCCCACGUCUACUGAAGCAGAACAAACAACAACAAUUAUAGUGAUCCGCUUGUUAAACCCUGAGUCCAGAGGUCACUGAAGGGGUCAAAGGUCGAGAGCUGCUCUUUGCUUUUUUAUUUUUAUUUUUUACAGACGAGUGAAACGUGGAAUAAUGAAAUGUAAAUAGCUCUUUAACUUAUGGUUAUAUUUAUUUGUGUGUUCCUGAUGAAUAAACUGGCUUUCAUCCGU